AUGAGGCUUCUAACACACAACAUGGUAUCCAACAAUGUGAAGGGGGUUGUCAAUGGCUUCUCGUUGUGCCUCAAAGCUUCCACCUGGGUGGAGAAGGAGGUCAACUUCAAUGUCGGCUUUCUCCGCUCCAUAUUCCCCAAGAUCGACUGGCCAGCACUCUUCAGUGCUUCCCAGACGGUUGGCUAUGUCACUUUACCUAACUCUGUUGAAGCCAACAUGCUCAAAUCGGAGGAUUUCUUAAAGAAAUUCAACCACGCUUUGUCAGAGAUCCAUGUGGAAGAAGGGGCACUCGUGUGCCCAGAGACUGUCCAGAGGUUUCCUAUUAAUAAAAUGAUUCCCAAUAUGUUGCUUAACAAAGAUGAGGUUUAG